UAAAAUUAAAUAAAUUGUAACCAUAUUUAUUAGCAUAUGAUUUUCUUAUCGUUUAUUGCAAUAUUGAACGUUGGUCGGGUUAGCUCAAUUUAUUUUUCCGACUCUUAUUAAUCGAAAUGACUGAAUGUGAAUGUGAAAGAAUUCAAGAAAAAUGUGUCCAGGUGCACUAUUUUACAGAGGAAAGGGAUAAACAACCGAAAGAAAAAUAUAGAUUUUCCUGGAUGCUAGGUUUUUCUGCUUUUACAGGUGACCUUCUAGGUGUUACUUAUGGAUUUUCGACAUCAUGGCCAUCUUCCAUAAUACCGAAGCUGCAGUCGAACAACACAGAAGUGAAUCCAUUAUCAGCACCCAUAACACCCAUAGAAACGGCUACACUAGCAGCUUUGCCACUGGUAUUCAAUACGAUAGGAAUAAUAGCACUCCUAGUCACAUCAAAAAUAUCAGACAAAAUAGGAAGGAAAACGUCGCUCAUUUGUAUUGCUGCAGUUAUUUCUCUGUGUUAUCUGGUUUUAGCGUUCGCCAAGCACAUUUCUAUUUAUUUUCUGUGCUUGGCUUUAAUCGGACUUUGCGAUGGAGUGAUAACAACUAACCUAGCAGCGUACAAUUCGGAAAUUGCCCUGGACUCAAACAGGGGCAAAGUGAUGUGCUUUCAAGGAUUAUGCGUGCCCAUUGGAAAUACCGUGGCAUAUUUCGCGGGAUUCACCAACGUGAAAACCAUCGCUUGCAUAGGCAUAGUUUGUCCAUUGUCAUUUUUAUGUCUGUCCUAUUUUCUACCGGAGUCUCCAGUAUUUUUAGUUUCCAAUGAAGCGCGAUGUAAGAAAGCUCUGAAACGGUUACGGGGCACCAAAGACGUCGAGCUGGAGUUUCUUACCAUUAAAAAAUCGACAGAUGAUACCAGGAAAUUCACGAUUUUCGAUGUAUUUAAAUCACGAGCUUCGAUUAAGUCUUUUGCGUUGUCUGUGGAGCUGUUCUCGGCGGAAAUAGCAUCGGGCGCUUUCCUUCUGACUGCGUUUAUGGCUCCGAUUUUCGACGAUGCCAGAAGUUACGUUUCGGGAAACUCGAUAGGGGUCAUUUCGGGUGGAAUACAGAUAGUUUUCGUGUUCGUCGCCUCUUUUUUAGUGGAACGAUUGGGCAGGAAACCAUUGCUGCUUUUUUCUAGCAUUUUCGUCGUACUGAAUUUGUUCUGUUUGGGCGUAUAUUUUUAUCUGAUAAAUAAUGAUAUUUUGGUUAACGGAGAGUACGGAUGGAUACCUCUAUUUUUCGUGGUUUUUUAUUAUAUGGUGUACAGCGUAGGAUUGGGUCCUAUACCGUUCACUAUGACGUGCGAAUUGUUUUCGCACGAUUUAAAAAAAAUUGGUAUUUCUGCCGUAAUGAUUGUCACUAACAUACAAGUAUUUAUAGUCUUGUUUUCUUUUCCUUUAAUUACCGAAGCGAUAGGAGUUCACUUUUGCUUGUGGCUUUAUUGCCUGCUAUCUAUUUUCGCGUUUGUUGCUAUUUAUAUUACUAUACCGGAAACUAAGGGAAAGAGCAUGUUUGAAAUUCAAGAUAUUUUGGCGCGACAUUAUUAAAUUUUUAGAGAAUUUUCGCAUUUUUAUUUAAUGAGUACAAAAUAGGAUAAUACGAAAAUUAUUAUCUAAUAGUAAUUUUAAAUAUUUCAUUGUAAAUAUAAAUAGGCAAUUUAUUUUUCGUCACAAACUAUGGUUUUUCCAUAAAAUUUUCUAGGUAAAUUCGUUAAUUAAUAAUUCAUGAAGCAAUAAUUUCCCAUUAUAAAUGAAUACUUAAUGACAUAAUUUAACUACCCACUUUGACCUCAGAAUAGUUACUGCAUAAUUGCAUCAUUUUUGUACAUAACUUCCUAUAUUUUUUCUUAAGCUCAAGUUUCAAAACUUUUCUAGUUCUGUUUAUUAUACAGUACCUAUAUAUUUUUU